ACAGCAGCGUCCCCGUGUCCCGUCCCCCCCAGCCCUGUCCCCCCCGGGGCCGGGCUGCGCUCUGCCCGCGCUGGCGGCGCAGUUAAACAGCCGCGGGGAGCCCGCAGCGUGGGGCUUCUGCCACAGCCCCGCUGCCGGCCGUGCCAGGAGCGAUAGCCGGCUCCAGAGUGAGAGCCAGGAGCGCACCCAAUGAAUAAAUGGUAGGGGAAAGGCUCAGCCGGCCCCUGCGCGCAGCGCCGAGCGCCGGGGGAGGCGGUCUGCGAACGCCAGCCAGCUCCCACUCCCUGUCUUUGCAACUCUAGGUCGCCUCCUAAUUUAAAGCUUUGCACCAAUCCCCUUUGCCCGGAGAGGAGAGGAAAUCUAGAAAGAUGCCAAGCAGCGAGAAGGGACCCCAAUUCACGGCGCCGGUCCCAGGCGCUGCCGGGCUGAGCAGAGCCAAAGUUGGCCAGAGGAACGGGAAGCGGGUUCUCCAGAGGAGAGGGGAAAGGAAGGGGAUCAUCGCUUGGUGAUCACCACCUCUCCGUCCCGUUGUCCCCCUCUUCUCCUUCCCUCACAGCUUACCUCUGACCACUUAGGAGGCCUUGAUGAGUUUCCAUCGGGAUCCGAUCCAAGGUGGGGGGGAGGAAGGGUGAUUGUUCCCGGAGGAAGCGGCUCCCACAAGUUUGGGGGUGAGACUCCCCGGUGGAUGUUUAAGGAGCGCAUCGGGAGGCCCGCGAUGCCCGGGGGCAGCUGGAGACCCUCAGCAGGACCUGUCCUCAUUGCACGAGGCCCAGCAGAAAGGCUUGUUGGCUUGUUCUUCACUGGCUUGUGGGACAGCACUUCAUAUCUGGCAAUGGAUCAGAAGGACUGAAGAGCAUUUUUGCUCCCACCAAUGUUUCUCAGAGCUGCUAAAACAGGACCAAUGAAGAUGCUCACCAGACUCCAAGUCCUUGCGCUAGCUUUAUUCUCCAAAGGAGUUUUCCUUUCCCUAAGUGACCACAGCUUUGUCAGAAAGGAAAUUAAGAUAGAAGGAGACCUGGUCUUAGGAGGCUUAUUCCCAAUCAAGGAAAAAGGCACUGGGAUAGAAGAAUGUGGGAGAAUCAAUGAGGACCGAGGCAUCCAGCGCCUGGAGGCCAUGCUGUUUGCCAUCGAUGAGAUCAACAGGGACAACUACUUGCUGCCGGGAAUUAAGCUUGGAGUUCACAUCUUGGACACGUGUUCCAGGGAUACGUAUGCCUUAGAACAGUCUUUGGAGUUUGUCAGGGCAUCUUUGACUAAAGUGGAUGAGACAGAGUACAUGUGCCCUGACGGCUCGUAUGCCAUCCAGGAGAACCUGCCGCUGCUCAUUGCAGGGGUCAUCGGCGGCUCCUACAGCAGUGUCUCCAUACAGGUGGCAAAUCUGCUCAGACUCUUCCAGAUCCCCCAGAUCAGCUACGCCUCCACCAGCGCCAAGCUGAGCGACAAGUCCCGCUACGACUACUUCGCGCGGACGGUGCCGCCGGACUUCUACCAGGCCAAAGCCAUGGCCGAGAUCCUGCGCUUCUUCAACUGGACCUACGUCUCCACGGUGGCUUCCGAGGGAGACUACGGCGAGACGGGCAUCGAGGCCUUCGAGCAGGAGGCUCGCCUGCGCAACAUCUGCAUCGCCACCUCGGAGAAGGUGGGGCGCUCCAACAUCAGGAAGUCCUACGACGGCGUGAUCCGGGAGCUGCUGCAGAAGCCCAGCGCCAGGGUGGUGGUGCUGUUCAUGCGGGGCGACGACUCGCGCGAGCUGAUCGCCGCCGCCAACCGCUUCAACGUGUCCUUCACCUGGAUCGCCAGCGACGGCUGGGGCGCGCAGGAGAGCAUCGUCAAGGGCAACGAGCACGUGGCCGCCGGGGCCAUCACCCUGGAGCUCGCCUCCCACCCCGUCAAGGAGUUCGACAGGUACUUCCAGAGCCUCAGCCCCUACAGCAACAGGCGCAACCCCUGGUUCAAGGACUUCUGGGAGCAGAAAUUCCAGUGCAGCCUGCAGAACAGGAAACCGCACAGGAAGGCUUGCGAGAAGCACUUCACCAUCAACAGCUCCAACUACGAGCAAGAGUCCAAGAUCAUGUUUGUUGUGAAUGCUGUCUAUGCCAUGGCUCAUGCCUUGCAUAAAAUGCAGAGGACUCUCUGCCCAACCACCAAGCUCUGUGAUGCCAUGAAGCAUCUGGAUGGCAGGAAGCUGUACAAAGAUUAUCUCCUGAAAGUAAACUUUACAGCUCCUUUCAACCCUCCCAAUGAUGCAGACAGUAUGGUCAAAUUUGACGCCUAUGGAGAUGGGAUAGGACGAUACAACGUGUUCAAUUUCCAGUUCACUGGAGACAGAUACUCCUAUGUGAAGGUUGGUCAGUGGGCAGAAACUCUGUCACUGGAGGUAGACUCUAUCCACUGGUCCAGGAGCUCUGUCCCUGUCUCCCAGUGCAGCGACCCCUGUGCUCCUAAUGAGAUGAAGAAUAUGCAACCAGGAGAUGUCUGCUGUUGGAUUUGCAUUCCCUGUGAAACCUAUGAGUACCUGGCUGAUGAAUUCACUUGUGCAGACUGCGGGCCUGGGAAAUGGCCCACAGCUGACCUGACUGGCUGCUAUGACCUACCAGAAGACUACAUCAAGUGGGAAGAUGCUUGGGCAAUAGGUCCUGUUACCAUCGCAUGCCUGGGCUUCAUUUGUACUUUCAUGGUCAUUGGAGUGUUCAUCAAGCACAACAACACGCCCCUGGUCAAAGCCUCUGGCCGUGAACUGUGCUACAUAUUGCUCUUUGGGGUCUUCCUGUCCUACAGCAUGACUUUCUUCUUCAUAGCCAAGCCUUCUCCAGCCAUCUGCACCCUGCGCCGUUUGGGGCUGGGCAGCUCCUUCGCCGUCUGCUACUCUGCCCUCCUGACCAAAACGAACUGCAUCGCCAGGAUAUUUGAUGGCGUCAAGAACGGUGCUCAGAGGCCCAAGUUCAUCAGCCCCAGCUCUCAGGUGUUCAUCUGCCUGAGUCUCAUCCUGGUGCAGGUGGUGGUGGUGUCCGUGUGGCUCAUCCUGGAGGCGCCGGGCACCAGGCGAUACACGCUGCCCGAGAAGAGAGAGACUGUCAUCCUGAAGUGCAACGUCAAGGACUCCAGUAUGUUAAUGUCCUUAACAUAUGAUGUCAUCCUCGUGGUUUUAUGCACUGUGUAUGCCUUCAAAACCAGGAAAUGUCCAGAGAACUUCAACGAAGCCAAGUUUAUCGGUUUCACAAUGUACACGACCUGCAUCAUUUGGCUGGCCUUUCUCCCCAUAUUUUAUGUGACAUCCAGUGACUACAGAGUGCAGACCACCACCAUGUGCAUCUCUGUGAGUCUCAGUGGCUUUGUUGUGCUGGGCUGCUUGUUUGCACCCAAAGUGCACAUCAUCUUGUUCCAGCCCCAGAAGAACGUGGUCACUCACAGGCUCCACCUCAACAGGUUCAGUGUCAGUGGGACUGGCACCACUUACUCCCAGUCAUCUGCCAGUAUGUACGUGCCAACCGUGUGCAACGGGAGGGAGGUUCUGGACUCCACCACCUCGUCUCUGUGAUUGUGGCUCGUGGUUCAGUUCUUGAGUUUUUAGACUGUUAGGAAAAACUUUGCACAUGUUGUGCACUCCAGAGAACACCAGAAAACAAAAGACAUCCAAGCAAAAUUAGUACCUUUUUUUAGAAACAGUGUAAUAAAUUAUUUUUGAGGAUUGUACAGUAUAUAGUGACGUUCUGGAACUUUUUAGACUGAUUUUAGCCCUUCUGUUGUUAACGGUUGUAAGGGACAUGUAAAUAACCAUGGUUCACAAUGUGCAUAGUCCUGCAGUAAGGGAGUGAUUGUUGCAAGCACAGUUGCAAUGUUAGGUGACUUCUUUCCUACGAAUUUUUUUUGUAGCUCCUUGUUGUAAUUAACUUAGACUGCAUUUCUAUGUUGUAUAUUACAGUUACCUUACGUGUAACAGAUUGGUUUUCUCAGCACAAAACAGCAGUAUUAAUGGAAAGGCGCCAAUAAUAAAAAGAUAAAAGUUUUUCAGCAUGGUUUCAUUUUUGUUUCUUACUCAAGGUCAUUACAUUUUUCUAGUGAGGAGGUUAGAUGAAAAGGAUAAAAAGUCUGGAGUGUGUAUACACAGGUAUUUGUGUGUUGGUUUGUGCCUGUGUGAUAAAUCCAUAUAACAAUAUAUGUGCUUAUGAUUAAUGCUUUUUCAAGGUCACAUAGAAAUUCCCCCUUCUUAAAACCCCCACCCCCACAUUAUUAAAGAAUCUAAAUUUAUUUUUCUGUUAUUGAAGUAU